CCAAAAAGGGCGGAUAUACAUCGAGGAGCUGCAAAUCUGGCUAGUUUACGCCCUAUCCUCCUCGCUCAAGAGCAGCGAAACUUGUUUCUUCGUGCACGGGGUGCUGCUCGCGGUGGCCCCCUAGUGAUCACGGGGGUGCUGCUCGAGGUCAUGGAGGCAGAAAUCACGCGAACCAUGGCCAUCGUGGGGGUAGUGGUCGCGGGCAGCGCGGACGUGGAGGGGGGCAUGGAGGUAAUUUUCUGCAGCCACAUGGGACCAUAUGCUCCGCAUUUUCAGCCACCGCAGGCUGGUCAGCAGUACGGCCAGCCCUUCUAUGGUGCUCCUCGGGGUCCUUUUCAUCCGGGAAAUUCAGUUGUUUGCCAAAUCUAUUUUUCCCCAGGUCACUCUGCGUUUACUUGUCCUCAUUUUGUUGGUUCUUCUACUCCGGCUUUGGCUGCUAUACCCUCAGGUGAAUCCAACGCUCCUGUGUGGUACCCUGAUUCAGAUGCCUCUGCCCACAUGACCCCUCAUGAAGGACAAUUAGACGGGGGUGCAUCUUCUUCAGGCUUCCAAUAAAGACCAUCUUUAUUUGUUCCAUGCUCUUCAGACUACCCUUAUUUCUGGACCUACUUGGCACAAACGUUUGGGGCAUUGUGGUGAUAGAGUCUUGCAUACGCUACGGCAAAAACAUUAUAUUUAUGCUUCUAGUAAUUUUUCUCAUAACUGUGUUUCAUGUAAACUGGGUAAAUCCCAUAGACUUCCUUUUAAAGAUGUUAUUCAUUCCUGUGUAGCUCCUUUAGAACUUAUACAUUCUGAUGUUUGGAAAUCGCCGGUUUUAUCUAAUCUUGGUUAUAAA